AUGUCAUCUGGGCGGACUUUCAAGCUCAACUCUGGUUAUUCGAUACCCGCCGUUGGGCUGGGCACUUGGCAAUCUGCGCCGGACGAGGUUGCCAAUGCUGUUGACUACGCCCUCCGGCACGGCUAUCGACAUAUCGACGCUGCAGCUUGCUACGACAAUGAGAAGGAGGUUGGCGCUGGCUUGGAGUCUUCUGGGGUUUCACGAAGCGAGAUAUUCCUAACGUCAAAGUUGUGGAACACACAUCACAAGCCAGAUGACGUCUUUGAGGCGGUGGAACAGAGCCUGAAAGACCUGCGUACUGACUACCUCGACCUAUAUCUCAUACACUGGCCCGUCUCGUUCCAAAAGGCGGCUGACCCCCGCAUACGAUUUCCCCUGGACCCAGCAGACGGAGGAGUCCACAUCAUCCCCGUUCCGAUCAAAGAUACGUGGCGGGCUAUGGAAGAACUUGUAAAGCAAGGGAAAGUCCGAAGCAUCGGCAUCAGCAAUUUCUCAAAGGAAAAGACUGAAGAGGUCUUGAAGUUUGCCGAGAUCAAACCCGCAGUGAAUCAGAUAGAGGCCCAUCCUUACCUUCAACAGCCGGGCCUCUUGCAAUGGUUGAAAGAGCAAGACAUCAUGGUCACCGCGUACAGUCCAUCCGGCAACAACAUCUACAACCUGCCCAAACCCAUUGACGACCCGGUAGUCAUUGAUGUCGCAAAGACGUUGGGUAAAAGCCCUUCCCAGGUUCUCAUUCAAUGGGCUGUACAGCGGGGGACGGUAGUUGUGCCCAAGAGCGUCACGCCAUCUCGGAUCGCCGAGAACUUUGAAGACUUCGAGCUGCCCGCGAAAGAGUCUGGCCGCAUCAAUGCUCUCGAAAGAAACAGUAGAUACAACAUGCCCGUGCGGUUGGGUGUGGACGUGUUUGGAGAACACAGUCCCGCCGAAGUGCAAAGGGGCAGACAGGACUGGAUCGCGGCACAAAAGAAGAUCAAAGCCGAGAACGGAAGCUCAGGCAACUGA